UAUGAUUCGAAUCCUCUUGACCCUAAUAGAGAUCUAAUUUGGGUUAAGAAUUGGGUACGAACUGAUGAACCUGUGAGCUUGACACAACAACAGUUCGAACAAUUAAGUGAUGCUCAAACCCAGGAUUUUAGUAACCAGUAUGAUGAGCUCUUAAGAAGUCUUGUGCAAAACCCUGAGGCAACUCCGAAUAUUACUUCCACAAUAUGGAAAAGUAUUAUUAGUAAUGGUAAUACUAGUUCUGUAUUACAAUUUCCUGAUGCUAUCCAUUUUUCAUUUGGCGGUCUAGGCGUCAAGAUGCAUAUAUCGGAAAUUGGAUUCCAAGUUGACCCGGAUUUUUCCAAUUUCGUUACUGAAAUUUCUCAUAUAAUCCAAACACUAUAUGAAUUUGCAAGAAAAGGAAAAUUUCCAUUAACACGUUUAAUGACUAUUAGAAUCAUAAAAUCCACUGAAGCAACAUUAUCUAAUAUUUUCAAUCAUGAUCCAAAAACUUUAUAUUGUGGUGUAGAUUUUUUGACAGUUAUUGGUACUCCUGGAUGGGAUGAAUUUAUACAAUUAAUAGCGCAGAGAUUGUUUGAUAAGUACAAAGCAAAACCUCAUUGGGGAAAAGAAUGGGAAAAUAUUCCAAAUGUGAAAUCUUAUCUUUCUGAUGUUUUAUCAGAUCAAAUUAAACAAUUCGAGAAAGUACGCGCAAACGAUAAUAGCAAACUUUCAAAUAUUUUUCUGUCUUAA